GAGUGAAGGGACAAUUUCGAGUUGUCUUUCCAGAGCAACUUUACGCAGCCCCCGCGCACUCAGCUUGUUCCAUACAAGGACACCGGAAUCCCAGGGGCUUCAUUAAGUAGUUAGUGAUUUAACGACAGCAGCUUCCUCCCCGGUGUCUGCCUCGCCUGAACCACAGAACCUUUACGCAUGAACCGUGAGCUGCACCAUGGCGCAGAGUCAACACGAUAUAAACCACAUGUAUGCUCCAUCAUCUUACUCUUGUAGCAGGGAGAUGUACCAGGACCAAUCAACCUACCUGUCAACCUCGACCUGCCCCAUGUCCUACCCACAGCCGUCCCACUCCUACACGUCACCAAAGUCGACAGUGGACAGUGCGCUCUUAACCAUCAUGCCUGACUACAGCGGGUUCUACCAGCCAAAUUGCCAACGAGACAUCCAGGCUUUUCCUGACAGGAAAGGGUUACCAUAUUCACUGGACUCGCUGAGGCUUCCACCACCUCUGACACCUCUGAACACAAUAAGGAAUUUUACACUUGUGGGACCUGCGACAGAGGGCCCUUGUCAACCAAAUCCCUACAACACUCCAAAUUUACCCCUGAGGCCAAUACCGAGGCCGAGAAAGUAUCCAAACCGCUCGAGCAAAACGCCUGUACAUGAGCGACCAUACCCUUGCCCGGCAGAGAGCUGCGACAGGAGGUUCUCUCGUUCGGACGAGCUGAGCAGACACAUCAGAAUCCACACAGGGCACAAACCCUUCCCAUGUCGGGUCUGCAUGCGCAGUUUCAGUCGCAGCGACCACCUCACUACGCACAUCCGCACACACACUGGAGAAAAACCAUUUUCUUGUGACCACUGUGGAAGAAAGUUCGCCAGGAGUGAUGAAAGAAGGAGACACACGAAAAUCCACUUAAGACAGAAAGAGAAAAAGUAAUCAUAAUCACCCCGGCAGAAUUGGUUUGAACAUUUAGCCACAAUGUUUCCAUGCAGUCCAAAAAUAAUUUUAUAACAUCCAAAUCACAUUCACACUGAAUUUAGCAGACAUAGUUAACUAGGACGACUACUGAAUGUGGAUAUAAGGUGCUGAAUGAAUAACAUCAUAAAUGGACAGGGCUAUCACAUGUAUAUUAUUGAAGUUAGGCAUAGACCCAGUUAGUCAUAACUGUAAAUGUGCACAAACACUAGUGCUCAAGAUAUAAAGUGUUUCAAUAGAGCAGGUUAGAAAACAGUCACAGACAUGCUGAAUAGCAGGCAAGGAGUAAAAUUAAACGCCGAUACUAAAGGGUAUCAGCCGGCAAGUAGCUUCUCUUUUGCCAGUGUUUAAAGAACAACUGAAAAAAAGAUGAUACCACAAUAGAUGGGUGUAACAGGUGUGUGAUGGGUGUAACAGUAUAACUUUAGUACGUCCCCUCGCCCCGACCUCGGGCGCGAACCAGGGACCCUCUGCACACAUCAACAACUGACACCCACGAAUCGUCGUUACCCAUCGCUCCACAAAAGCCGCGGCCCUUGCAGAGCAAGGGGCAACACUACUUCUAGGUUUCAGAGCAAGUGACGUAACUGAUUGAAAUGCUAGUAGCGCGUACCCGCUAACUAGCUAGCCAUUUCACAUCUGUUACAUGGGCAUCCCUGCAUUUUAGCUGGAAAGGAGUGCAAUGAGCAAUAUCACAGAGCCUAGAGGUCUGUUCUGUUCUGCUGAAUAUCAUCCCAGUUCUGAGAGUGGGGGCUUGACUCCCAUGUGUGCAAAAACUGGAAGCUUUGUACAGUGUCUGUCAAGAGAGACAAUUAACUGAAUUAAUUAACCUGCUGUUUGAUAACUUUUUUAAAUCUCCUGUUACUUGUUGGAUAAAGAUGACAGAGUAACAAACAAUUGAUGCCACUUAGCCUCUCAGCUGUAAAAUCAUUACAGAAGGAAACAAAGUAGAACAAUGUUGAUACUUUCAUUGUAUGUGUUUCUUACACACUGAGUAUUGAUAUUUAACUGACUUGAUGCUUCUUACAAUAAUGUGUUGUAGAAUAUGUAUUUUUGUCUUAUUUUGGUUCUUUGAAAGUAGGCUAUAGGCUAUUGAAUAUAAACUCAGCAAAAAACAACAACAUCCUUUCACUGUCAAAUGCGUUUAUUUUCAGCAAACUUAACAUGUGUAAAUAUUUGUAUGAAUAUAAACAAGAUUCAAAAACUGAGACAUAAACUGAACAAGUUCCACAGACAUGUGACUAACAGAAAUGGAAAAAUGUGUCCCUGAACAAAGGGGGGGUCACAAAGGGGGGGUCACAAAGGGGGGAUAACAGUCAGUAUCUGGUGUGGCCACCAGCUGCAUUAAGUACUGCAGGGCAUCUCCUCAUGGACUGCACCAGAUUUGCCAGUUCUUGCUGUGAGAUGUUACCCCGCUCCUCCACCAAGGCGCCUGCAAGUUCCCGGACAUUUCUGGGGGGCCCUAGCACUCACCCUUCGAUCCAACAGGUCCAAGACGUGCUCAAUGAGAUUGAGAUCCGGGCUCUUCGCUGGCCAUGGCAGAACACUGACAUUCCUGUCUUGCAGGAAAUCACGCACAGAAUGAGCAGUAUGGCUGGUGGCAUUGUCAUGCUGGAGGGUCAUGUCAGGAUGAGCCUGCAGGAAGGGUACCACAUGAGGGAGGAGGAUGUCAUUGCAGCGUUGAGAUAGCUCGUUGUCAUUGCAGGCAGUCCGAUGAUGCUGUGACACACUGCCCCAGACCAUGACGGACGCUCCACCUCCAAAUCGAUCCCGCUCCAGACUACGCUCAUUCCUUCAACGAUAAACGCGAAUCUGACCAUCACCCCUGGUGAGACAAAACCGCGACUCGUCAAAUAGCACUUUUUGCCAGUCCUGUCUGGUCCAGCGACGGUGGGUUUGUUCCCAUAGGUGACGUUGUUGCCGGUGAUGUCUGGUGAGGACCUGCCUUACAACAGGCCUACAAGCCCUUAGUCCAGCCUCUCUCAGCCUAUUGCGGACAGUCUGAGCACUGAUGGAGGGAUUGUGCGUUCCUGGUGUAACUCGGGCAGUUGUUGUUGCCAUCCUGUACCUGUCCCGCAGGUGUGAUGUUCGGAUGUACCAAUCCAGUGCAGGUGUUGUUACACGUGGUCUGCCACUGCGAGGACGAUCAGCUGUCCGUCCUGUCUCCCUGUAGCGCUAUCUUAGGCGUCUCACAGUACGGACAUUGCAAUUUAUUGCCCUGGCCACAUCUGCAGUCCUCAUGCCUCCUUGCAGCAUGCCUAAGGCACGUUAACACGGAUGAGCAGGGAUCCUGGGCAUCUUUCUAUUGGUGUUUUUCCGAACCAGUAGAAAGGUCUUUUUAGUGUCCUAAGUUUUCAUAAAUGUGACCUUAAUGGCCUACCGUAUGUAAGCUGUUAGUGUCUUAAUGACCAUUCCACAGGUGCAUGUUCAUUAAUUGUUUAUGGUUCAUUGAACAAGCAUGGGAAACAGUGUUAAACCCUUUACAUGAAGAUCUGUGAAGUUAUUUCGAUUUUAAGAAUUAUCUUUGAAAGACAGGGUCCUGAAAUAGGGACGUUUCUUUUUUUGUUUAGGUCAAGGGAGUUUAGGUCAAGGGAGCCCUAUGCUGUAUACAGUAUUCUACUAGUCACAUUGUCCUUCUCAGGUAAUACUCAGUAUGUCCACAAGAGGCCCCUAAGCCGCAAGCAAUGAACUCAAUAGCGCUCUGCCAAAUAUGAGCUAAAUUCCAAAUUGAUGAAGCAAGCAAAGUUAUUAUGGAGAUUAAGUUUAAUUUGUGAAGCUCGAUUAACUAAGCAAUGUUUAAGAUAAUUAUUCAGUAACCCAUGACCCAUGGGACUAUCUCAAAGAAUGUAGUUUGAUCCAAUCAAAACAUACCUAUAGUAAAUGAUGACUUUUGUCAUUUGUAAAGUCUGAUUCUAUCAGGCUGUAAUACACAAUUGGUAUAUACCACCUGAAAGUAAUGCCUUCAAAAUCAUGUAAAUGUUCCAUACA